AACGCUUCAACCCGACAUCAUACACACGGUCGCUUCAAAGACGCAAAACAAUGUUGUCAAAAAAUCCAGUUGCUCAGCUCAUCAAACUACGGAAAAGUGCAUAAUAUUUCUACAUUUUUAAACCUUUAAAGCCUCAAAUUUGCUACCAACCUUUUACCACUUUCAAGCCUUCUGCCACCGGCACGUUUGGGUUGUGAGAACCGUGUCCGACCGUAUUUGAAAUCUACAUUUGCUACAUCCAAAGCGUACGUGCUUCCUUCUGCUCGUACAAAGUCGUUGAAGAAAAAUGCCCAAACAAUACGAUAUAGAUAUUAAAGAAGAGCUUGACAAUAGUGGAUUGUUUGAGCUAAUGGAAAGCAACGGAACAGCGGAUAUGUGGGAAUCAAAUAAUCUAACACCACCCUCCUGGAUGAAGGGCCUAACGCAAGACGAUAUCAACGCAAUGUAUCAGCUUGGAACCUUAUCGAAGAACGGAUUGCUGGCGGAAAUCAAGAAAAUAUUUGACCAAGCGUACAAUAUUGGACUACAGGAAGCGAAGGAGAUUACUAAAGGGAAAAAUUUGGAAAUAUUCUCCAAUUUAACGAAACGAAAGUGAAGCCGUUUUUAGCAUUACUUUUACACACCCUUACCCUUACCGGAAAACAACAAUGAACUAAUGAAAUCAUGCUAAAAAAAACAGAAGAAAAUUUCCUUCAAAAUCAUUCAAACGAGAACGCCAUCACACGUGUCGUCUUGGCAUGACCAUGGCAAUUUACUCUACCUUUGUCUUUGCGCUUACCAGGCCGCUUUUGCCGCGGAAGUAUUUAAGAAUAGUAUUGAACGAAAACACCACCGGAAUCAUGAUGGGUAGAAACAGUGGAAUAUAGAUGGCGUACUUCUGCUCGUUCGGGAAGUAACACCGGAAAACAACAAUGAACUAAUGAAAUCAUGCUAAAAAAAACAGAAGAAAAUUUCCUUCAAAAUCAUUCAAACGAGAACGCCAUCACACGUGUCGUCUUGGCAUGACCAUGGCAAUUUACUCUACCUUUGUCUUUGCGCUUGCCGGGCCGCUUUUGCCGCGGAAAUACUUAAUAAUAGUAUUAAACGAAAACACCACCGGAAUCAUGAUGGGUAGAAACAGUGGAAUAUAGAUGGCGUACUUCUGCUCGUUCGGGAAGUACAGCAAAGCCAGCAUGCUCGGAUCAAAGAAUGCUCGUUCGGCCGAUGCGUAAGCUUCUCUAGCCAGCAGGGCCGCCCGUUGCAGACUGCCCGCAGCGAGCUGCUGCUUCGCUUCCACUAUCUUCUGGUAUGCGUUCUGAAUGGCCGCACCUACCUCAUCGUU